AUGAUAUCGGGUGCGCUCGCCAACGGUCAGCUCAAACCCAACGGACCAAUUGUCGAGAUGACCAGCGGUAACACAGGCGCCGGUCUGGCCGUCAUAGCGGCCGUUAUGGGACACCCAUUAACGUUAACGAUGAGCGCCGGCUGUAGCGCUCAGCGGGCGGUUAUGAUGCGGGCGUUGGGCGCGAACUUAAUGCUGGCGCCGCAAGUAGAGGGCUCGCCGGGCAAAGUGAGUUGGCUAGACGUGUGCGAAGCGUUGCGAUUGGCUGAGCGCGUUAGCGGCGAGCAAGGUGCUUUCUACGUGGACCAGUUUAAUAAUACGGAUAACACUAGAGGGCACGUGGAGACCACUGGGCCCGAGAUAUGGCGCCAGACGGGCGGCCGAGUGGACGCUUUUGUAGCCCAUGUGGGCUCUGCCGGCGCUUAUACCGGGGUUUCACGGUAUUUAAAAAGCCAGAGUCCGGAUGUCAAGUGCUUUGUGGCCGAACCGGCCGGCGCUGAGGCUGUGAAGGGUUUGCCGAUUACCAAACCCGUACAUAUGCUCCAGGGGUCGGGCUUUGGGAAUAUU